AUGAGGGUCCUUUGUCUCCAUGGAGUUGGCAGCUCUGCCACCAUUCUUGAAACUCAACUACGACCCUUUCUCCAGGCCGUAGAUUCGUCCUAUGAGUUUAUCUUUGCGGAUGGCCCUAUCCCAUCUCCAAGGGGACCAGGCGUGAGUGCUGAUAUCGAUGGCCCAUUCUUUUCGCAUACCGCUGGCUACUCAGCCGAGGACAUGGCGGAUGCAUUUAGCCACCUUGAAGACACCAUCGACGAGCUGGGACCUUUCGAUGGUGUCCUUGGGUUCAGCCAGGGAGGAGCUCUUCUUACUUCGUACAUGCAUCGGCAGCAGGAACUGCGGAAUGCGGUACCAUUCGGCUUCGCCUUGAUUCUGUCUUCAGUACUUCCCUGCUCCGCGAAUCCGACAUACCUGCAAGGAGUCUUCGACAAGCUCAGCGACCGACGGCUACUCACCAUGGGGCCCGCUGCCCUUGCCAAAACCCUCUCAGGUGAAGAGCGCAUCUUCCUCAAUCUCUUGAUGCAUACUAUCAUUCUGGCCAAGGAGAAUCGCGCCAUGCUUCCAGAAAUCGAUCUGAAUGCCUAUACCGACGCCCAUGGUCGCGAUGCGCCGAGGAUCAUGCAUUCACAGCUGACGAAGGAGCGCAUCCACAUCCCAACUAUCCACGUGACGGGUAAGCGCGACUAUGACUUUAUGCGCAACAUGUCAGAGGCUGCUUUCAGCUUGUUUGACGAGAGAAUGGUGAAGAAGCUGCAACACUCAGGCAGCCACCAUCCGCCUAUGAAGCCGGUUGAGGUUCAGUCGUUGAUCAGAGCCAUGGACUGGGCCGUCAAACAGUCG